AUGUUGGUAAAGGUAGUCAUGUGUUUAAUGUUCGUCUUUGUGGAUCAGUCAUUAACGACUGAUGCUAAAGGAACCUGUGCAGAUGACAGUAAAAUGGAUAGUCUAAUAAAAAUGGUUAAAGAAAUGCAACAACAUUGUUCAUGUACAGGUAAUUGCUGUGGGUGCCACAAAAAAGAGUCAAUUGCCUUCUAUGCCGCAUUGACAAAACACACUACACUAACAGGGUCUCAGACGAUUAUAUACGACAAAAUUUACACAAACCUUGGCCAGUCCUAUGACUCUAGUAAUGGUAAAUUCCGUGCGCCGGUCAACGGUCUUUACUACUUUGCAUGUACUCAGAUAUCUGCUUCUGGCAAUGUCCACUUUAUACUAAUGAAAAACAGCAGUAAACUUGGCCAUGGUUACAGUGAUGCACGUCUUUCAACAGGAUCAGCGAUUGGUACGGUACUACUAGAAAAAGGUGAUGUUGUAACCGUACAGCAUCACCCAGGUGCUAUAUCACAACAGGUCCAUGGUGGUGAUUAUAGCACAUUUACAGGUUAUCUAAUUACAUCACUUUGA